AAAAACUGUCUCACGGUAGAGCUUAACAAGACGCUGUGUGACAGCACAUAACACCCUGCAGUUCGACGCCAGCUGUAUUCGAGCCUCGUUACUGAACUGGCGUUGUUGCAUAUCAUCUCUGUCCCGGAUACGACACUGGUUUUGUUUCCUUGUCGAUACACCCGUGAGAGUGCACGGUGCUACCGAAGAAAAGUGGCCCAAUUGGUUCAUCGUGAGUUGAGGUUUGAUCACGAGCGACCGUCUCACGUGCUGAGAGUCCGUGUGGAUGUGUAUAUAACUAACGGGCUGCAGACGAUAUUACCGUAGCGCCCUCCAGAGCCAGCAUCAACCCAGCUCUCUGUAAUCAUGGGUAGCACGGAUCAAAGUUUGCGAGCCUGGUGGAAAGAGAGCUCGGUGUAUCAAGUGUACCCUGCAUCUUAUCAAGAUUCCACUGGCUCUGGUGUUGGAGACCUGAAGGGCAUUAUCUCUCGAGUUGAUUACCUCAAGGACUUGGGGGUCGAUAUCGUAUGGCUUUCACCAAUCUUCAAGAGCCCUCAGGUUGAUAUGGGGUAUGAUAUCAGCGACUAUUACACAAUCGACCCUCCAUAUGGUGAUGUCUCAGAUGUUGAUGUCCUCAAGGACAAGCUCCACGAACGAGGCAUGAAGCUCGUCCUCGACCUGGUCAUGAAUCAUACCAGUGAUCAGCAUGAGUGGUUCAGGGAGUCUCGAAAGUCCAAGGACAACCCUUAUCGUGAUUGGUAUAUCUGGAAGCCUGCAAAGUACGAUUCCGAAGGAAACAGACACCCUCCCAACAACUGGGAUGCUCAUUUCCAAGGAAGUGCCUGGGAGUACGACGAGACCACAGAUGAAUACUAUCUCUGCCUCUUCUGCAAGCAACAGCCAGAUCUUAACUGGGAGAAUCCUGCAGUCAGAAAACAAGUUCACGAUGUCAUGCGCUUCUGGCUCGACAGAGGCACCGAUGGUUUCCGCAUGGAUGUUAUCAACUUUGUUAGUAAGGACCAGGCAUUCCCCGACUCUGACAAGACUGUACUUCGCGGUCAUGAAUUCUAUGCUUGUGGUCCCCGAUGUCACGAGUUUCUCAAAGAGAUUGGUGCUAUUCUGAAAGAGUACGAUGCUUUCAGCGUGGGUGAGAUGCCCUGUGUGCACGAUGAGCGUGAGUUGAUUAAGGCUGUUCGUGGUGACCGUGGAGAGUUGAGCAUGAUUUUCCACUUUGAGUUGAUGGAUCUUGAUCAUGGCGUCGGCGGCAAGUUCACACCUAGAUCCUGGGACCUUUCUGAGCUCAAAUCUACCACCCUCAAGUGGCAGAAGUUCAUGUACGACAAUGAAGGCUGGAACGCUCUUUACUUGGAGAACCACGACCAACCACGGGCUGUCAGCCGCUUUGUUCACGAUGACGCCGAGCAUCGGGUGGAUAGUGCGAAGCUUAUCGCCAUCUUCCUGGGUUUCCAGUCGGGCACCCCUUUUAUUUACCAAGGACAGGAGAUUGGGAUGACCAAUGUCCCUAGGGACUGGGACUUGGAAGAAUACAAGGACCUUGACUGCCUUCGACAUUGGGAUCUUCACAGAAACGAUGAUGAGGCGGCUCGGAACUCCUACAAGGUCGAGUAUCAGAAGAAGUCUCGUGACAAUGCCAGAACUCCCAUGCAAUGGGACGCAAGCCCCAACGCUGGCUUUACUACUGCUGAUGCUAAGCCUUGGAUGAGAGUCAAUGAUAACUACAAGGAAAUCAACGCUGCAUCCCAGACUUCAGACCCCAACUCUGUGUAUGGCUGCUACCGCAAGGUUCUGCAGAGACGAAAGGAGUUCCUAGACAUAUUUGUAUAUGGAAACUUCCAACUCGUUGACGAGUCCAACGAGAAGGUCUUUGCAUACUCACGAAGGGCCGGCAACGGAGAGACUGCUCUCAUCGUAUGUAACUUCACAACUGAUACAGUUGCGUGGUCUUUGCCUGGCAAGACUCGAGAGGUGCUGGUCAGUUCUGCUGGAAGGACAGUUGAUGAUUUAAACAGUGGCGAGACCAAACUGGCACCUUGCGAAGCCUUUGCCGUCCUGCUCGAGUAGAAUGAGCUGAAUAUUGAGUCUCGCAAUGGAUUUGAUCCCCAUAGAAGAGGGCAAUGACGAUACUGGCCAAUUGAUAGAGUUAAAUCAAACCGUGAAUUCAUUCACUCAUAGAGUAUCGAAGCU